AUGGGUGUCCUCAAAGUGUGGCUCGGGGUGGCCCUAGCGUUGGCGGAAUUUGCAGUGUUGCCUCGGCGCUCGGAAGGUGCUUGUGUCUAUCAGGGUUCCUUGUUGGCGGAUGCCACAAUUUGGAAGCCCGAUUCGUGCCAGAACUGCCGUUGCCAUGGUGAUAUCGUUAUCUGCAAACCUGCCGUUUGCAGAAACCCUCAGUGUGCCUUUGAGAAGGGAGAAGUGCUUCGAAUAGCUGCCAACCAGUGCUGCCCUGAGUGUGUCUCGAGGACUCCUGGAUCUUGCCAUCACGAACAGAAAAUCCAUGAGCAUGGAACCGAGUGGCCCUCUUUUCCGUGUAGCGUGUGUUCAUGCACUCACGGGGAAGUCCGGUGCACCCCGCAGCCGUGCCCACUGCUGUCGUGUGGACACCGGGAGCUGGAGUUCAUCCCUGAAGGAAGCUGCUGCCCUGUCUGUGUGGGCCCCGGGAAGCCCUGCUCCUACGAAGGCCGUGUGUUUCAGGAUGGGGAAGACUGGCGGUUGAGCCAGUGUGCCAAAUGUGUGUGCAGAGAUGGGGUUGCCCAGUGCUUCACAGCUCAGUGCCAGCCUCUGUUUUGUAACCAGGAUGAAACUGUCGUCCGCGUGCCUGGAAGAUGUUGCCCACGGUGCUCUGCCCCGUCCUGCUCCGCGGCCGGCCAGGUGUACCAGCAUGGUGAGCAGUGGAGUGAAAACGCCUGCACCACGUGUCUGUGUGACCGGGGCCAGGUCGGGUGUCACAGACAGGCCUGCCCUCCGCUGAGAUGCGGAAAGGGUCAAAGCAGGGCCCAGCGGCACGGGCAAUGCUGCGAGGAAUGUGUGUCUUCUGCUGGAAGCUGCGCGCACGAUGGGGUUGUGCGGUACCAGGAUGAAAUGUGGACGGCCCUGGCCUGCGAGUUCUGCACGUGUGACCGUGGCCGAGUGACCUGCCAGCCUGCGGAGUGUGCCAGAGUGGAGUGUGCCCGGGGUGAAGAAUUAAUUCACUUAGAUGGGAAGUGCUGUCCUGAAUGCAUUUCGAGGAACGGUUAUUGUGUUUAUGAAGAAAAUGGAGACUUUAUGUCCUCAAAUGCUAGUGCAGUUAAACGUAUUCCAGAGGGAGAGCGAUGGGAGGACGGCCCUUGCAAAGUGUGCGAGUGCCGAGGGGCGCAGGUCACGUGCUACGAGCCUUCCUGCCCACCAUGUCCGGUGGCCACACUGGCCGUGGAGGUGAAGGGACAGUGCUGUCCCGACUGCACGUCAGUUCAUUGCCACCCAGACUGCUUGACCUGCUCUCACUCUCCAGACCACUGUGACCUCUGCCAGGAUCCCACGAAGUUGCUGCAGAAUGGGCGGUGUGUGCACAGCUGUGGCCUGGGAUUUUACCAGGCUGGCAGUCUCUGUUUAGCCUGCCAGCCUCAGUGCGCCUCGUGUUCCAGCGGGCUGGAGUGCGCGUCCUGCCAGCCGCCCCUGCUGAUGCAGCGCGGGCAGUGUGUGUCCGCCUGUGGGGACGGCUUCUACCGAGAUCGCCGCUCCUGCGCAG